AUGCUUUCAUUCUGGAACAAAAUCAAAGAGAAAGCGAUCGCCAUUCUCGAUGAACAGAUCCCGAGUAUUGAAGGAAAAUUGAAUGAGAAGGAGAAUGAUCAUCAAUCAAAUGACCCCUCAACUUCUCGUGAAAGCUUCGAUUUGGCCAAGAAGCGUCACUCAUCAAACGAGGAUUUGAAUCUGGAGGAUUCGAAAAGAUUUCGCAGUUUUGAGGAGGAAAACGAUGAGGGACAGGCUCAUCUCAGCCAAUCGAAUCUUCCCAACAAUAAUUUCUCUAUGGAAGCUUCAACAAUCGGUUGGGGAAUUGAAGACGCGGAAAGGAGCCAGAAUGUCUCAACGGUAACUCAAAAUGAAGCACGACAAAUGUUCCCGAAAAAGCCGUCAAUUUCCCGAGAAGAGGCUGUUGUUUGCAAGAAGUGCAAAAAGUCGGCCGACAGUCUCUUUGCCCGUGAUUUCUCCCUUCACUUGGCGAAACACGAAACACAUUUAUUCCGAUUUCACUGUGGAUCUUGUCCCUUCAAACAAAUAAGCGACAAAAAGAUGGCUACUCAUUGGGUUGAUCAACACAAGAAAGCACCAGCAUCAACUCCAAAAGAUUUAAUGACCGACGAGAUGCGGAAAAACUACGAGAAAAUCGGUCGCGAGUGUUUCCCCGAUUCACUGGAGUUGAUUUUGGAUUGGUGUGAUCAGCCGUUUGAUUGGCAAGACGAUAAGCUGACCGAGUACCGCAUCAAGGGGGUCACGAAGUGUGAGGUUUGUAAUCUCGAAACACAGCUCAGUAUGCAGGGUCUUCUCAAGCAUGCAGCCACCCAUAUCGAUUACAAGCUUUACUUCUGUGGACUUUGCAAGCUGGGAAUGACCUCAGCGCAAGCCGGAUUUCGCCACAUUGCUUUCAAACACGAAGAUGUCCCACUUGAACAACCAAUCCACAUUGAGGCUAAUAAAAGCCGGGAGUUUUACCGUGGUCUCCUUCUGGCUUCUUCUCAAUGCUUUCCAUCGAUCAAGAAACAAUUCAAGGACAAUUUGGAAAUGAUCUUUACGAAUGACAAGGAGUUGAUGGAAAAGCCGUUGAUUGAAAGAAAAAAGAGAAAAGCAGCACUCGAAAUUAUGAAAUCGACGGCAAAGAAAAGUCAGGGGACUAUCGAGAAAAUCCCAAUUCUCAAUAAACCCAAAAGAACACGCCGUGUCAUUAAAACGGAAAGCGCACGAGGACCAGGAAGUCGCCAAACUGAUGAUCAAGAUCAAGAAGAAAGCAUUCUCAACCAAUCUGAAAACUUUGAAACGAGUCAAAUCGCUCAAGCAUCUGGCCAUCAAAAUGUGACAGAAAUCUACAAUCCGUACGCAGUUCCAAAUCAGGCAAAUCAUUUCGAUCCAAAUGAGUCGAUCUACAUGCCAAAUUACAUGAUUGAUUCGAUCGACAACUCUCAUCAAACACCAUUCAAUGUAAACGAAUCGGCUGAUCCAAACUAUCAGUACCUCUUUCUG